UCAAAACAAAUUUUCCAAAACACACGCCGGCUUGUUACUUUUUGUGCUCCGUCGAUUUCGCGGUAUAUUCCGGCCUUGAACCGGUCCACUUCCGUUCAUUUACUCGGGAAAUGCUGUGAGCGCUCUGCGUGACGUUCUGCACAGUGAAAUUCAGGUGAUCGAGCCGCCAAGAUGUUCUCGAUCUGCAAGCAAACGCACGAAGCCACGGCGGUGGAGUUCUCCGUGACGUGCCACUUCUUCAACAGCAGCGAGAAAUCGCUCGUCACCGGCGGCGCCAAUGUCCUCAAGGUGUACCGACUCAUCCCGGAUGUGGAUCCUGCCAGCAAGGAGAAGUUUACGACGGUCCGUCCUCCCAACAUGAAGCUGGAGUGUUUGGCAGCGUACACGCUGUUCGGGAACAUAAUGUCCAUGCAGUCGGUUUCGCUGGCCGGUUCCCAGCGGGAUGCGCUGUUGAUAAGCUUCCAGGAUGCGAAGCUUUCGGUGGUUCAGUUCGAUCCGGAUAAUUUUGAGUUGAAGACUCUGUCGCUGCAUUACUUUGAGGAGGAGGAUAUAAAGGGAGGGUGGACGGGUCACUACCAUACGCCUAUCGUGCGGGUAGAUCCGGACAAUCGUUGCGCCGUCAUGUUGGUUUACGGCCGGAAGUUGGUGGUGUUGCCCUUCCGGAAGGAUAGCUCGUUGGACGAGAUUGAGGUGCAGGACGUCAAGCCUAUGAAGAAGGCGCCGACGCAGAUGAUUGCUAAGACCCCCAUUCUAGCUUCGUACGUAAUCGAGCUGAAAGAGUCCGAAGAGCGCAUCGACAACGUGGUCGACAUCCAGUUUCUUCACGGAUAUUACGAACCAACACUGCUGAUUCUCUACGAACCGGUGAAAACCUUCCCGGGUCGAAUUGCAGUUCGUUCGGACACAUGUAUGAUGGUGGCACUGUCGUUGAACAUUCAACAGCGCGUCCAUCCGGUCAUCUGGACGGUGAACAGUUUGCCGUUCGAUUGUCUGCAGGCGAUCGCCAUCAGCAAGCCCAUCGGAGGCUGUUUAAUUCUGAGUGUGAACGCGUUGAUCUACCUCAAUCAGAGCGUGCCGCCGUACGGAGUUAGCUUGAACAGCACCGCCGACCAUUGCACCAAUUUCCCGCUGAAACCCCAGGACGGCGUCCGCAUCAGUCUGGACUCGGCGCAGGUGUGCUUCAUCGAGCCGGAAAAGUUGGUACUUUCCCUGCGCGGUGGUGAACUCUACGUCCUCACGUUGUGUGCCGACUCGAUGCGCUCGGUUCGGUCGUUCCACUUUAGCAAGGCCGCUGCCAGUGUGCUGACCAGUUGCAUUUGCGUCGUCGAAGAGGAGUACCUGUUCUUGGGCUCACGACUAGGAAAUUCUCUUCUGCUUCGCUUUAAGGAGAAGGACGAAAGCAUGGUCAUCACGAUCGACGACACCGAGGAGGUGGUGGAGAAGGAACCGAAGCGGAUGCGGCUCGAGCAGGAGGAGCUGGAGGUGUACGGAACGGGCCAGAAGACGUCGGUCCAGCUGACCAGCUACAUCUUUGAGGUUUGUGACAGUAUUUUGAACAUUGGCCCGAUUGGGCACAUGGCCGUGGGCGAGCGAACUGCCGAGGAGGAGCAGGACGAGAAUAAGGACAUUCAGUUCGUUCCGAACAAGCUGGAUUUGGAGGUGGUGACGAGCAGCGGACAUGGGAAGAAUGGGGCGCUGUGCGUGCUGCAGAACUCGAUCAAGCCGCAGGUCAUUACGAGUUUUGGGCUUUCGGGCUGUUUGGACGUUUGGACGGUGCUCGGGGACAAAGGGGAUGAUAUGCACUCGUUUAUGAUUCUGUCCCAGGAGGCGGGCACGAUGGUGCUGCAAACGGGGGAUGAGAUCAACGAGAUCGAUAAUACCGGAUUUGCGACGAACGUGCCGACGAUUCACGUGGGGAACAUUGGCGGGAAUCGGUUCAUCGUGCAGGUGACGACCAAAUCGAUUCGGCUGCUGCAAGGAACGCGACUGUUGCAGAACAUCCCGAUCGACUUGGGUUGCCCGCUGGCGGCGGUGUCGAUCGCCGACCCGUACGUCUGCGUGCGAUCUUCGGAGGGUCGUGUGAUUACGUUGGCUUUGCGUGAGGGUAAGGGAACGCCUCGGUUGGCGGUCAACAAGAACACGAUCAGUACGACUCCGGCCGUGGUCGCGAUCAGCGUGUACAAGGACGUUUCGGGGAUGUUUACGACAAAGUACGAAGAUUUCUACGACGCCUCGAAGGGUGGACCGUCGGCGUACUCCAGCGGGUUUGGGUACAUGAAGCCGGAACCGCACAUGAAAAUCGAGGACGAAGAAGACCUGCUGUACGGUGAAACGGGACGAUCGUUCAAGAUGACCUCGAUGGCGGACAUGGCGAUCGAUACGCAGAAGAAAAACACCGACUUUUGGCGCAAGUUCAUGCAGCCGGCCAAGCCGACCUACUGGCUGUUUGCCGUCCGGGACAACGGAAACCUGGAGAUCUACUCGAUGCCGGAUCUGAAGCUUGUCUACUUGAUCACCAACAUCGGCAAUGGUAGUAAAGUUCUGUCUGAUUCGAUGGAAUUUGUCCCACUCCAAGUUGGCCAAUCUGUCGCUGACGGCGAUGUCUCAACCGGGACCUUCUCCAGUCCGUUCGGAUUCAACGCCAACUUGCUGCCCAAAGAGAUACUGAUGGUCGCCUUAGGUCACUACGGAUCGCGUCCGAUGCUUUUCCUACGUCUCGAAAACGAUCUCCUGGUCUACCGAGUCUAUCGCUACGCCAAAGGCCACCUCAAGCUUCGUUUCAAGCGACUCGCGAAUGGUGUUACGGGCCCGAUCUUUCGCGUCAACCGUCAAACCGCGCCAAUCGAUCAGGAAGGCGAAAAGCCCGACGAACAGUCCACCAAAAUCCUGUACGAGAACAUCUCGAUGAUCCGCUACUUCAACAACGUCCAGGGCUACAACGGCGUCGCCGUGUGCGGCGAAAAGCCCUACUUCAUCUUCCUGACGUCCCGCGGCGAACUCCGCACCCAUCGCCUGUACGCCAAAACCAUACUGAAGGGAUUCGCCCCGUUCAACAACAUCAACUGCCCGAACGGCUUCCUGUACUUUGACGAGCAGUACGAGCUCAAGAUCGCCGUCUUCCCGGGCUACCUCUCGUACGACUCGCUUUGGCCGGUGCGCAAGAUUCCGCUGCGUUCGUCCCCCAAGCAGAUCGAGUACCACAAGGAGAACAAGGUGUACUGCGUCGUGAUGGACGCCGAGGAGGUCUGCAACAAGUACUACCGCUUCAACGGAGAGGAUAAGGAACUCACCGAGGAGAAUAAGGGAGAAAGGUUUCUCUACCCGAUGGGACACAACUUUUCGGUGGUGUUGGUUACGCCUUCGGCGUGGGAGAUUAUCCCGGAGACGUCGAUACAACUUGAGGAGUGGGAGCAUGUGAUCGCGCUCAAGAACGUCAGCUUGGCGUACGAGGGAGCGCGAUCGGGUUUGAAAGAGUACAUCGCGGUUGGGACGAACUUUAACUACAGCGAGGAUAUUACCUCGCGUGGGCGGUUGCUGCUGUACGACAUUAUUGAGGUCGUUCCGGAGCCCGGUAAGCCGUUGACGCGGUACAAGUUCAAGGAGGUGAUCGUAAAGGAGCAAAAGGGACCGGUUUCGGCGAUCUGUCACGUUUCUGGGUUCUUGGUUGGUUCCGUCGGUCAAAAGGUGUACCUUUGGCAGUUGAAGGACGGAGAUUUGGUUGGUGUGGCGUUCAUCGACACCAACAUCUUCGUGCAUCAACUCGUCUCGAUCAAGUCAUUGAUCCUGGUAGCCGAUGUGUACAAAUCGAUCAGCUUGCUGCGCUUCCAGGAAUCGUUCCGCACCUUAUCCCUGGUCUCCCGUGACUACCAACCGCUGAACGUGUUCCAGAUCGAGUACGCCGUAGACAACAAUAACCUAGGUUUCCUCGUAACCGACGAACAGUGCAACCUCAUAACCUACAUGUACCAACCCGAGUCCCGCGAGUCGAUUGGCGGUCAACGUCUGCUUCGCAAAUGCGACUACCACCUCGGCCAGCGGGUCAACUCGAUGUUCCGCGUGCAGUGCGACUUCCACGAGAGUGACUCCCACCGACGCAACCAGAACUACGACCACAAGCACAUUACCUUCUUCUCCACCCUGGACGGUGGCCUCGGGUACGUUCUCCCACUCCCCGAAAAGACCUACCGCCGACUGUUCAUGUUGCAGAAUGUCCUGAUGACGCACAGUCCACAUCUGUGCGGGCUCAACCCGAAGGCGUUCCGCACGAUCAAGAGCGUCCGCAAGCUACCGAUCAACCCAAGUCGGUGCGUCGUCGACGGAGAUCUGAUCUGGUCGUUCCUGAGUCUGCCGGCGAACGAGAAGCUCGAGGUCGCGAAGAAGAUCGGCACGAGGAUCGACGAAAUUACGGCGGAUUUGAUGGAGAUCGAGCAAGUGACGCACACAUUCUAAUCAGGAUGUGUUUUAUUAUACCGUGUAUAAUAUAAGGACUACAAUUAUAUACAAUUA